AUGCCGCGAGAGGUGGAACUCCAGACUUUAUUAGCCGUUCUUGAAGAGCGAGGAAUUCCAUUGGGGGCGGACGAUGUCAAAUGGGCAUUUGAAUCUUCUCAGACUAGAGAAGCGAUCCUGUCAUGGGUAGAACGGUACCUGCAUGACGAGACCUUGCUCAGCUUCGAGGAGGAAGCACUGUACGAUCUUGCGCCAAAAUGGGCGAACAAGGAACCUAUUCCGGUCCAAGGCAGUCCAUUGCUGGAAGACGAGAUGGUUGCCGCCAUUGAAGCGCUCGAAGCCUCGACCGAAGCAAUCGAGCGGCAGUGCAAGAAUCUAGAGACGCAGAAGCAGGCAUUACUAGCCAUCAAGUCCCAGAAUCGCGAAACCUCCUCCCGAUAUCGAUCGGCCAUUGAGAUGGGGAGCAAGAAGAACGCGCAAGAGAGUGGGCAGCUCCAGGUCGCAGUCGAGGAACUAUCGCAUGUCGUGAACAGCUCAACUGAGGCGAUGCGCCAUCAGACCACGUCCGCACUCAAAUCCACGCAUGCCGUCGUGCAGGACACCUUCGAGGCCGACGAUCGUGUCCUCUCCGCCCUCGCAAAGGUUUCCAGCCCCGAAGCCAGCACGAUCGAUGCCGCCGCCGCCGAGCAAAACCUCGCUGCGCUGAUCGCCCUUCGUUCUGCUGCGAUAAGAGCAAACAUUGACUAUAUCUACCAACGUGCCCUUCUGGAAGCCCUUUCGCAGCAGCGGCUGCCAGUGCCGGAUCAAGACCUCCCCUCCGCUAUCGCGGAGCUCAAAACCGAACUAGGAACGCUGACCGCCGAGAUUCCGUCCGUGAUUGAACUAGGUCUUAAUUCCACCCUGCGCGGACCGCUGUCGAAGGCCCUCGCUGAGAGCUCGCGAAGCCAGACGGCGAGCCAAGGCCAGACGGCGCGGUAUUCCAUGUCGUCCGUCGAAUUCAUGAUCAAGCGACUUGACGAAACGAGAACUCACAUCCAAUUCCUCCUGUCUAUCGCAACUUCGCUAGAUGCCCUUGCUUCCCAUGUUUCCGGAACCGCGGCGUCUGAU